AAAGAGGCCUCCGUGCAGGACGGCGGUUGGCGUGCUUGUUGAGCCAGUUUUGUUUUUUCUGAGCCAUCCGGACCUCUUUCGCGGGAGGGAGGACAGACUCACGUCCAGACGGCAGGACGGCGACGCGAAAAGCACCCUUUUUGCGGACUCGGGUGCGACGACGUUUCGUCUCUUCGGGAAACACGAUGCGUGUGGGCAUGACCUGCUCGUCAGCAGCCUCUGAGAAGUCGUCCUCGUCCUCCUCCGCAUCUUCUUCUUGUUCUUCCUCGAGUUCGGCCGACUGGAGGACACUCAGGUCCAGUUUUUGCGCGUUUACUUUCGUAAGCUUUUGUAAGCGAUUCUGCUCCUGGACGGCACGACGGCGCUCCUUUGCAGAUUGUUCUAGUCUGUAGGGGUCAGUACGAAUGUCCAGUGUCUGAAAGCUAUAACACGUACGCUUUUACAUGGCGAGACAAACGUUCUUGCUCGUCGUGUAUAGCCUGAGCGGUUGAUUUCACGGAAACCUCCUCGGGAGCCUCUGAAUCCGAAGAAUCAGACUCCUCAACCUCGGGUUUUUCGGCGGGCUUCGGCUCUGCAUACAGCUUAACAUCCAUAACGCCCAAUUUUGCCAUGAUGGGGAAAGACAGGUCUACACUUGUAUGCUAAGGAAGUUGACCGAGGUGGCCGAGCGGAGUUCUUCCGGAGACCGAAACAUUCCCGAGAAGGCAGUAAAAGGCACCGAAAAAAGCCGAGAAAGACACAUCGAGUGCCGGAGAACUCCGAGGAAGCUGUUUGCAGCACGACGAGCGACGGCUUGCGGCAAAGCUGCGUAUUCGGUGUACAAGCACAACGUGCAACCGCCCUCGCAUCUCUCUUCUUGUUCACUUCCUCGCCCACUCUUUCGGCUACGCUUCGGCCAUCUUACACACCACACCGCGGUGAACACCGCCGCUUUUCGGCGAACUCCCGGACAUCUUCGCUACUCAAUCCAGCUGCCCAGGCUCUACCUAUGUAGCAGGUACACAAUUUUCUUCACACCUUCAACUCCUUCAAAAUAGAUCAUGGCUCACGUUCAACAGCAAUCCGCUUCUAAAACACCAACAGAUGCUUCUGUUCCCGUGGAAACGGUGCUUGGAAAAGACGAAAUUGGCUGGAUGUUUGUGCAGGAAUACUACACAUAUUUAAACAAGGAGCCCAGCCGUCUUCAUGAGAUUCAUAACAAAAUCGUCGAUUUGGACUUUCAAAACUGUAAGGUCCUUAUCUCGAACGUUGACAGUCUCGCCUCUUCGAACGGCGGUAUUGUUAUUCAAGUCCUCGGUGAGAUGUCUAACAAGGGACGUCUCUCGCGAAAGUUUGCUCAAACGUUUUUUCUCGCUGAGCAACCGAACGGCUACUUUGUCUUGAACGACAUUUUCCGGUUUUUGCGCGAGGACGUUGAGGAGGAGGAGGAAGUCGUGGCCCCAGCCGCUGCUCCUGAACCCGAGGUAAAGGAAGAAAGCGUAGCAGUUGAUGCUGCCGAGACACCGGUAGCCGCUACUACUGCUGUCGCUGACAACAUCAUCGCUUCGAAGACUCCGAGCACUGAUGUUGCUGCUGCUGGAACUGCUCCCAAGACGACUGCGCUUGAUACCGCUGUUCUCAAGGAACAGGAAACUGUUCCUGAGCAGGCCGCUGCCACUCCAGCAAUGACUGCUUCCACUACCACUGCUUCUACUGCCCCUUCCGCUGUACCUGCUAGUUCUACGGUUGCUGCUGCUGCUGCUGCUGCUGUGGUUUCUGAGCAGAAACCCGCAACUCCCAAAACGUGGGCCAAACUCAUUUCACGCAACCACGAGCCUAAGCACACAACCACCGUUGUCGAGCCCGUUGUCCCUGUAUCCGCUCCCGCCCCUUCCUUCCAAACUCCCGCUGCCACCUCUGUCGCUCCAGGAGCCACCGCUGCUCCCGUUGCUCCUGCUGAGCGUACGCCUCGCUCGAUGAACGGUGUCGCUGCCCCUCCGACAACGGAGACGUCUGUGUUCGUGAAGAACAUUCCCAUUGACAUGUCUUCCGCUACCGUCCAGACCCAUAUGGCCGCAUUUGGUGCUGUGAAGGGUCUCGAAUACGCUCGUAAGAAGGGUACUGCUUACAUCGAGUUUGUCGACGCUGCUUCCGUUCCUGUUGCUCUUGCUGCCGGUUCGCUCGCUGUUCCCAGCGGCACGCUGCAAAUUGAGGAGCGUCGUCGCAUCUUCCCCAACAGAAUGAAGAUGAACGACCGUAAAUCUUCGGAUGAUCGUAAUGGCAACCAAAAGCGUGGUUACCGUCCUAUGAACAAAAACCGCUCCUCCUACGAGCAUCGUUCCCGCGAUGCCGGUAAUGCCCAAAAGUCUAAAGCGUAA